AUGGAGGGCAUUCACGGCGUCGAUGUCAGCUGGCUCCAUCAUUCGAACAAAGACAACCUCAACCGCGCGCAUGCACCCGCGGCCCCGGGAACCGCUCGUGACCCCUCUCCGCCCGCGUCGCAUAAUGCUGCCACUCCAGACAAACAGCCCGCGAAGAAGCCUGAGCCAGAGAAGGAGCAUACCGUAGACGCCGAGCACCACGAGGACGACCCGUCCGAGAAUGCUACAACUCCCUCCAAGGGCAUUCCAUCGAGGCCGAGGCUGCUCCACCGCGGCAGCUCGGAGAAAUCCACCAUCGGCACCUCCCCCGACCAAAAGCGGAGGGGCUCGUGGAUAUCCAGCAUCAGCGCAAAAUUCUCGUCAUCGCCGGGUAACACCGUUGGCACGAAUGGGCAGGGGGCAAAGUCGCAGACCAAUGCCACGCCAGGGAACUUGCCUAUAGCAAAUCCCUACUCGCCGGGUAUGGGCACCCCGUUGCCAAGUGUGAAGGAACAACAUCAGCAUGGUGAGAGCUUGGAGCCAUAUGUGCCGCAGCCACCUGAGCAGUCGCGAGUGUCUUUCUUGUCGAAUGCGCUUCGUCGCCUUUCGUCAAAUCAGCAAUCGGCGCCUCAGGGCAAGGCCCCGGCGAACGGUGGCAUGUGCCCCAGGCGCGUUAUGAAUGUUGACCCGAACCGCGAACGGUGCCUUGUGCCGGAGCUGGAUAGUUCGAAGCUACGCAGGGUUGCGUUCUGCGUCGACGUAGAAAUUGCCGGCGGCCCGCGGUACAAGGAUGACGAUGACUUCGACGAGAAGAAAAAACGGACAAAAGAUAAGAAAUUGAAGGAAAAAGGGGAAGGCGAGGCACUCAAACACCCUGAAGCCGUCGCGCAAGAGAAGGAUAAGGACGGCAUGGUACAAGUCAGUCAUGAGGUUGUUGGCAAUGAGCAAGCUCCUAAUCCUGAGGGCACUGUACUCGACGAUAAGAAGGACGGAUGUUCCUUAAAUAAAAAGAAGGAGAAAAAGAAACGUUCUGAAGCAGAGCGCAAGGAGCGCAAAGAGAAAAAGCGCCGGAAAGCUGAAGAGAGCGGAUCGGUACCCAUGGAAUACACACCAGACGGCUCCACGGUGGACGGCGUGCCUGUAAAACCUCAAGAUCGCCCGACAACCGACCCCUUGAGGAUAUAUCGGAGAUGCUGUCAGCUUAGGGAAACGCCGAUUCUGAAGCGAAUCAGCGAGCAGCUUGCGGAGAGCUCGAACCAUUCCGUCACCUCACCUGGAGUUGUCAACUGCUUGAACCUGACCGGGUCGAGGCUGACCUUGGCCGACAUGAACACGCUGGGCGAUUGGCUUGCAGUUGUGCCAGUCAAGAAGCUUCUCAUGGAAGAUGCUGAGCUUACAGAUGAAGGCGUGCGGGUAAUCCUGGCGGGUCUUCUAGCCGCGAGAUCUCCCGAUCAAAAGAAGCGCCAGCCAAUUGCUCCCAAGAUCGAUGGUAGCGAACCCGAGCAAUUCCAAGACAGGUCAGGGGUCGUGGAAAAGUUGAGUUUGAAGCACAAUCUCAAGAUCUCGCGGGAGGGUUGGAAGCACAUCGCUUUGUUCAUCUACAUGUGCCGGUCGUUGAAGGCGAUUGAUUUGUCUGCUAUUCCAUUUCCACAACCGCGAGUCCAGCCAAAGGCGCACCCCUCGGACACGAAGAAGCAGAUCAAAGUGCCCACGGACGAUAUCGCCGAGAUUCUCUGCAAAUCCUUGUCCGAGCGUCUGGGGGGAUCCUACUUGGAAGAACUUCUCAUGACUGGCUGUUCGCUGACGGCGGCAAACAUUCGCAAGAUUGUCGAUGGAGUCAUAGUCAGCGGUAUACAAAGACUGGGUUUGUCCAGCAACGCGAUUGACGACGAGGGCUUGGACCACGUCGUGCGCUACCUGCGUUCUGGCGUCUGCCACGGUGUGGAUCUUGGCGGUAACGAUCUGCGAGACCGCAUUGAGCAUCUUUGUGAGGGUAUCAACGAGAAAUCCCCGUUAUGGGCACUCAGUCUAGCGGAUUGCAACCUUACGCCGACUGCCAUCAAGCCACUCUUCCCGCACCUCGUGUCGCUACAGAACUUCCGGUUCAUCGAUCUUUCACAUAACCGCGAGCUGUUCUCGACAGAACCAAGCUCUCUCGCUACGCUCAGGAAAUACAUCCCUCAACUACGCUUCCUCAAACGAAUCCAUUUGGAAGAUGUUUCGUUGACGCCGCAGCAAGCAAUAGGCCUCGCGGAGGUCCUGCCGGAAUGCCCACAACUGGCACACAUCAACCUCCUGGAAAACCCGGAGCUGUCAGCUCUGGCCUCUGCAUCAGACGAGUCAUCACAAGAGGAGGCUUGUGCGGUGUAUGCGUCGCUCAUGGCUGCGGUCCGGAUCUCGGAAUCAAUCAUCUGCAUUGAUAUGGACGUUCCCAGCCAGGACACUAGCGAAAUCAUCAAGGCCCUUGCAAAACAAGUUGUUGCAUACUGUUUGCGUAACAUGGAGCGGGCUACGGUGCGUGAAACAACUCUUGCGGAUGGUAGCAAGGCAGUGGAGAUUCCAGAGGUUCUGCUGCAUAUUGUAGGUCACGACGAUGAAUCCGAGGGCUCGGACGAAGAGACGGCUGCGACUGACGAUGACUACAUCGUCGGAGGAACCGGACUGGUCAAAGCACUCAACUACUGUCUCCUUGAAAAGGUGUCGGACAACCUGCGCCGCAAGUCAUCAUUGCCGGGUAGCGGGACGGCUACACCGCGUAGCUCAAGUCGCAUGGGAAACAGGAACUCGGAGUCUCGUAGCGCAAAGGCGAAGACGAUGAGCAAGGACCUGUUGAACAGUGCGAGGAAGAUCAAAGCAAGGCUACAGCCGGCGCUUGCGAGGGAAGCGAGGGCUGGUGAUGAUAUGGCUUACAGACGUCUACUCUUCCUUGAGAACACCCUCCAGGGUAUCAUUCAGCGCUUCGAGGCCGAGUACCCCGAAUGCCGCAUCUCGCCUAGCCCCAGCACCGGCCCGGACGCCGCCGCCCUCGCCGCGUCCCUCGAGUCUCUCUCGCAGUCGUCCGCCUCGCGGCCAAACUCUCUCGCCGAGUCGGGCCCGCCCAACGACCGCGCCUCAAUCACGACCGCGCCCACCGACACACGGGACUCAGCGUUCUUCGACUCGGACGACGAAGACAUCGACCUGCCGCCCCUGGGCCUGCGCUCACGGCACAACUCGGACGUGUCGCUCGCGUCACGGGCGCAGACGCUCGAAGAAGGACGGAUCCACCGGCUGGGCCAGUCGGUGCGGCGCGAGAUUCUGCGGCCGCAGAUCGAAGACCACCUGCACGGGACGACGGGGACGGAGCCGCCGGAGCCGCAGCAUCUGGCGGCGCUGCGCGAGCAGCUGUUCACUAUGUCGGGCGACGAGCUGCGGCACCGCGUGCUGCGGCAGGGGUGGGAGGAGACGGUGCGCCAGAUUGGCGCCAAUGCUGAGGAGCUGCGCGUGCUGGAGCGGGAGCGGCCAGAGGAGUUUUCGCGCUGGAAGGAGAGCCAGAUUGCGGCGCAGGUGAAUGCGGGCAUGUUGAGGCCUGGGGCGAUGGGUGUGGGUGUCGGUGCACUGGCUGACGCGAAGCGCAAGUCGUCGAGCAGUGAUGAGGUGGCGGUUGAGGACUGA